AUGCCCUGCACCGUUGAAGACUGUCAACGCGAAUUGGCCGGCUUUCAAAAGACAAAGAAGGUGCUUUCUAAUCUCUUUGGGAAACACAAGAAGGCCCGCCAACCACCUUCUAUCCCGCCUCUUCAUCCACAGAGCAAGAAGCGCGCUGACACAGUCUCGGACACCCCCAGUCCUGUUGCCGUAGAAGGUGUCAUGUCAACUUCAUGCCACGCUGCGCUACCCAAUGAGGGUACUGGUCCCUCCUUCCUCUCCUUAACUUCCUUUGAUCCCGUUUCUGGGAUUACCAUGUCUCUCAAUCCUCGGGUGAUACGAAUGCCGAUUACCGUUUUCCCCAUCCUCUUUCACACCCAGGGCAUCUUUAGCAUCACUGUGUAUUUGUAUAUUUUCGAAGAUCUCCCUUCCUGCAUCCUUUCGUUUCGUCUGCGCACACCAUUUGAAGUGACAAUCAUCCGCUGUGAUCCUUUGCUUAGCCUUUCCGUCUCUCUGCGCCUGCGCCCACAGGUCGGAAUGCACGUGCUCUCAGGGGAACUGUGA